UUGUAGGAAAUAAAAUAAUGCUAACGAGACAGCCGCGUCCCUGAAGUUCAGGUUUUCGGGCUCGCUGCCAUUAUGGAUGAGCAGCAAGCUUUGAAUUCAAUCAUGCAGGAUUUGGCUGUGCUACAUAAGGCCAGUCGUCCUGUACAGCCCCAGCAAGAAACGGGAAAACCAAAGUCAUCUUCACCUAAAAAACAGAACGACGUUAGAGUCAAAUUUGAACAUCGGGGUGAAAAAAGGAUACUCCAGUUACCCAGGCCUGUCAAACUUGAAGAUCUUGUAGCUAAAGCUAAAGUUGCGUUUGGACAGACUAUGGACUUACAUUACUGCAAUAACGAGCUUGUAAUUCCAUUAACCACCCAGGAUGACCUGGACAAAGCUGUUGAACUGCUUGACCGUAGUGUUCAUAUGAAGAGUCUGAAGAUAUUGCUUGUAAUACAUGGAAAUACACAGUCACCCAGUGUAAAUAAUGUGGAACCCCUGCCCUCACUGGAGGAUUUAGAUAAUACAGUGUUUGGUGUGACGGAAAGAAAAAGGCGCCUUUCUGUAUUAGGUUCUAAUAAUCGGGAUAGGAGUUCGCCUCCCCCAGGAUACAUUCCAGAUGAGCUGCAUCAAGUGGCCCGAAAUGGGUCAUUCACCAGUAUCAACAGCGAGGGUGAAUUCAUUCCAGAAAGCAUGGAUCAGAUGCUGGAUCCACUGUCUUUGAGCAGCCCUGAAAAUUCUGGCUCAGGAAGCUGUCCCUCACUUGACAGCCCUUUAGAUGGAGACAACUAUCCCAAAUCUCGGAUGCCAAGAGCACAGAGCUAUCCAGAUAAUCAUCAGGAGUUCUCAGUAGAGUAUGAUAUCCCAAUAUUUGAGAAGUUUGGAAAGGGGGGAACUUAUCCCCGAAGAUACCACAUUUCGUACCAUCAGCAAGAUUACAAUGACGGUCGUAAAACUUUUCCGAGAGCCAGGAGGACGCAGGGGAACAGCUUCCGAUCACCUGUUAGUUUCAGUCCCACUGAUCACUCGCUGAGCACCAGUAGUGGAAGCAGUGUCUUCACACUGGAAUAUGAAGAUAACAGAAUGAGGAGGAGGGGAAGUGACAUUGACAAUCCUACCUUGACAGUCAUGGACAUCAGCCCACCCAGUCGCUCACCUCGAGCCCCAACUAAUUGGAGACUUGGUAAACUGCUGGGUCAAGGUGCGUUUGGCAGAGUAUAUCUCUGUUACGAUGCUGAUACUGGGAGAGAACUGGCUGUUAAACAAGUGCAGUUUGAUCCUGAUAGUCCAGAAACUAGCAAGGAAGUAAAUGCUCUUGAAUGUGAGAUCCAGUUGCUGAAAAAUCUGCUGCAUGAGAGGAUUGUUCAGUAUUACGGCUUCUUGAGGGACCCACCAGAAAGAACCCUCUCUAUAUUCAUGGAAUACAUGCCAGGGGGUUCCAUCAAAGACCAAUUAAAGUCAUAUGGAGCUCUCACAGAGAACGUGACUCGCAAAUACACACGGCAGAUUUUAGAAGGAGUUCUCUAUUUGCACACAAAUAUGAUUGUCCAUCGAGAUAUUAAAGGAGCAAAUAUUCUGCGAGAUUCAGCAGGCAACGUGAAGCUGGGUGACUUUGGUGCCAGCAAACGACUCCAGACCAUCUGUCUAUCUGGUACAGGAAUGAAGUCUGUCACGGGAACUCCGUACUGGAUGAGUCCAGAAGUGAUUAGUGGAGAAGGGUACGGCAGAAAAGCAGAUAUCUGGAGCGUAGGUUGUACAGUGGUAGAAAUGCUCACUGAGAAGCCCCCGUGGGCAGAAUUUGAAGCAAUGGCUGCCAUCUUUAAGAUUGCCACUCAGCCAACCAAUCCCCAGUUACCACCUCAUGUCUCAGACCAUGCUCGGGAUUUCCUCAAAAGGAUUUUUAUCGAGGCCAAGCUGCGACCAUUUGCAGAUGAACUGCUAAGACACACGUUUGCACACUAUCACUAACAGCCUGCCUCAACUCAGCUUGCAUCUGCUGCAUUUAUUUUCUAUUUGACUGCACUUUUAUUUUUUAUUUUUUACAAAAAGGAGGAAAAAGACAAGAGAGAGAAUGCGUUCUCUUGAAUCUUUGUUUCACUUAGAUUGUAAACAAUCUAAAUUUUGUAUCUAAAAUGAGAAUCUUCCCUUCCCUGCUCCCACCAGGACUAGAACUUCUUGUUUCUAUAAUGUACUGAUGUGGUUCAUGUAGAUAAAGCACUUUAGUACAUAUUUGUUCCUUAUUUAAAGAGGGAAAAAUAAUACAUAUGAUUGGACAGUCAGGAACUGUGUGACUUUUUCUGACACCGCUGACUGACUCAGGGUGCAGGGAAAAACAGACAUGCAGCCAGAGGACAAGAAGGUUCUCUCUGUGAUUGUUCGUUACGUUACAGGUACUUGCAGCAGAGAGUUCUAAGUUCUUAUAUUUUAGCAAUUUAAUGAGUUUCUGCAUUGUGUAAUUUAAGCUGGAUCACGUGGCUCUGAGAGUUAAUUAUAAAGCUGGAAGAACUUGGAAUUCUUUGUACAAAAGCGUGUCUUGACUGGUACUUCUGUGUGACCAAAAGAAAAUAACAGCAACAAAAAAAGAGCUCAACACCUAUGAGAUAGAGAUAUUGGUGUAGAACUAUCGUGUAUUCUUAACAGGAAAAGAAUUACAGGUAGACAGAUGAUGGACCCGGACUCCUAGGAACUACUAUACAGCAAGGGAAAUAUUUCCAUAGUAGAAAAGAGUCAGCUGCUGGAUGUAAAUAUUUAGGAGAACGUCUCCUGGUGUAUCUGCCAAAGAAAAUCCUCUGUUACAUACACUUGCAGGGAGACUAUCAUCUUAGAUAAGAAAAGUUAGCGAUGUUGAGGGAGAAUUCUCCUCCACAAUCCCGUGAAUGUUUGGGGGAAAUGGAGUGACUGAUCCUUCUGCAGUGUGUGAGUUACACGAUUCAGAACGAUCUGUAGGAAAUAAUGUCUUCAAAGCUGGUGAGGGGCGCUAGGAUGGAAUGUAUGUCAACAUCAAGUGCCUAAAGAAUAUAAAAUCCUUCCCCUUGUGCACUGUAAGCAUUGCUUUAGUAACUCAGUUCAGACAUCUAGGAUGUGUUAAAAAUUCCUCAAAUAAAAUCAAACUUCUUUUAGCGCUAGGAGUAAGUCACUGAGAAAAGAAAGACUCUGCUUUAUUUUUCAUAAGGUAACGAUGAUGGAGGAGGCGCAGCACAGAGCUGGGUGAAGGAGAGGCCCAAAGCACAGAGCCCCAGCAAUUAAAUAGUGUGAGCAUGCUUACCCCAGCCUGAUAACCCGGCUAUUAGUGUUCUUCAGAUUUCUGACGGUCAUCAAAUGGACAUUAAUCAACUUUUUCUUCUUCUCAAAGAGAAUAAUAAAGGAACAAAGGUGAAACUCUGAACUGGAGCUUUUCAGUCGAGAAGUCCCAGUACUGCCCAGAGGUAGUUAGUAACUGAAUUUCAUAACAGAAAAGUCAAACUCUCAUAUUUUUGUAGAACACAACAUAAAUAACUGAAAAGGGAAUUUGGAAAUAAACGAUUGGACUACAGAACUGAGUUAAUGUAUACUGUUGGGAUGAUUCAUUGUUUGCUUUUGUUUUAUAAGAACAGAACAGGCUGAUACUGUGAACCUUGUCCACUCUGACAAGACGCUGCAUUGUUGUCGCCAGGCUCUGCUCUGUCUGACAUUUUUGGGGGACUAGAGGAAUUACAAAGUACAUGGAGGCAGAGGAGUAAAUUCACCCAUUCUCACUCUAGUAAAUUCAUGGGGGUUCUGCAGUUGUUCUGCUAACUUGCAAAUUGGUACCCGGGCAUGAACAGGAGUGUGGAUCUAUCCUAGUUGCUUUACCUGUAGUGGAGGAAGAAUGAGUUCUUGGCCAUCUCUCCUGAGGCUGAGAGUGGGGCCCUCUUCCAUUUGUGAGCACUUUCCCCAGCUUAAACCUUUCUCAGUCAGGGGACACAACUGUGCAAGGUUUUCCGAGUGCGGGAAGGACAAUCCUGACCAGGGAAAAUUUAGAAAGCUGAGAGGAAAGUCUGCCUUCUGCUGACUGACUUGGGGUUUCUCUGCCGCUAGAUGAAAGCUAUGAAAGCAGAUUGUAGGAAGAAUUUGUGCAUACUCUGCUGUAAAGGACCUUUGCUUUAUAAGCAAAAUUUAGUGAAAGCAAGGGAGGGAGGUUUAACGUAGAGCCUAGUUUAUGUAGCUAAUUUAAAGAUCAUAUAAUUGAAAUGAUUGAUUUCAAGCAGAUCAAGAAGGUACCAAAACUGAGUUGAAAACGUAUAGAGAGUAAUCAGCUGUGGACAGCAGUAUCUGCAGAGGCAAGGAAACUUUGUAUUACAGAAAAAGGACAUUAAAGGGAAAACAUAACCAGGUUUUCUGUAGCAUUCUUAACAUGUAAAGAUACUAUUCUGAAAGGAAACUGCACUCUCUGAAGCUUGAACAUUUUCAAAAUCCUGUUUUCUAAUAGUGAGUCCUUUUUGUGAGACAGUGCUGGCUCAUGUAUAUUGCAAUAUCACUUUCUCGUUGUGAUUUUAAUACUGAAUAAUCAAAGCUGCUGCUAUUGUGCCUUUUCUAAAAAUGGCAUUCAGUCAUGACAAUGGUAAGCAUUUUGGAACCUGAAAAAAAAUUGCAGAACGCAUUUCCCUUAAUUUCUCUGAAAUGUUGGAAAACUGCUGAUGUAGAGACAGCACUUCUUAAAUGAAGAUGACUUCUGGCAGUUCCAGCGAUGAUAGCAAAAUGUUUAUAACUUAGCCAGGAUUAGGCCUGAACUGUUUAUUUACCCUAUGGAGAAUUUGUCUACCAACCUAAGUAACAUGCAGUAAAUUGAGAUGAUUAUUACCAUCCAUGUUUUGAGCUAGAAGCUAAACCAGACUUUGACCAAACGGUUAGCUCAUACUUAUUCCCUUGCAUGUUGCACUUCAACGCUGUUGUGUUGGAGUAAUGUAGUAAGCCAAUUUGCAUUAAAUAAUGUAAUACAUCUGUAUAUAGUGUCUGUAAAACACUUCAUUGACUCCUGGCAUGGUAACGAACAAACCUUAGUUCUGAAAUUUCAGAGGGCGCAUGGAAUGGCACGCGUACAGCUCUGUUGGCAGAGCUCUGCAGAGACAAAAGUCCCUUCUCACCGCUUCUGGUGUCUUACUAGCAAAGAUAGAUCUUCAAUUGUUCUUACUUGUCAAAUCCAAUCACCAGAAAAUGCCAAUGAAAAUAAUACUGCUGCAGGGUUACGUUUUGCUUUUCUGUAAAUGCUGUGAUGAAGCUACACUCCCCAAAAGUAAGAAUCCAGGUUCACAGUGAGUAUGCAUAUUUACAGAGGACUUACUUAUCUGCUGAAGAGUUCUAUUGUCAACUGUUUCACAUACUAAGGAACAAAAGUUCAGCUACUUCUCUAAUGUGGCUUUAAUGGUGUAACUCUCAUUCCUGUGAAACUAACUGUGCUGUUAGAGCGGGACUGAAAGCUUCGGUCGUAUUAGAGCAAAUUGUUUUAUUUUUAAUUUGGGUGAUGGAAAUGUCCAUGCAAGGACUUACUAGAUCCAUACCUUGUGAAGUGAAUAGGUAAAUUUACAUUGACUUAUUUUCUUGACAACUUAAUCUUACUUCAUUAACUUGAUUUGCAGUUCUCAUAGUAGCUUAACAGCCCUUUCAGCAUAACAAAACGGAAAAAUACUACUUAUCUUAGCUACUGCCUAUUGAAGUUGGACUUUGAUGAUCCUUAAAGGUCUCUUCCAACCCAAAUGAUUCUAUGAUUUAUCUGUAUGCCUUAAUUUUGUUCAUAUUUUAAUACCACACUGACAUGCUAUGGCUAUCAUACAAUUCCAUGUCACCAAAUCGGUAUUAGAGUGUACCCUAAAGUGCCCCAAACAGAUUUCCCUUAACUGUGUUGGGAAGAGUACUUGAGUUAUCAGCUGCAUCAGACUUUUAAAUUGAGAACUUUAAAAAGUGAUUUUUGGAGUGCUUCUGACUCUAGCACAGGUUUCAGAUUGGCAUGCUGGAGACUGUAGACUGCUAUGCAGACCAGAAAAUGACUUUUCUCCAGCUACAGCACUGCUACUACAGCUGAGAUUUAGCCUUCCAGCUCUGGGUACCAGACUCUGGGUUUCCUGUGGAGUUCAUAGUGGAUGUGAAAUUAUAGUUGGUACACUUGUAAACAUGGUACUGUAUUAAUGACUGUCUACUUUCGGUGCAAAGGAGCAUUGUCUGUCUAAGCAAAUCAGCAGAUUUCUCAGCAAGGCUGAUGUUGUCCCCAUUAAAUCACUUCCCGUUUCUUUUUGGAUAAUGCCAAUCCUGCCGUUGUCCUGACUGAAAGCCGCCUUGCAGCACCCAUAGGUACAGCGCAGUGUAGCAGGCCGAUGUUUCAGACAGCGUAGAGCAACGUGUGACUGCAGCUUCAGAAACUUGAGCAAAUUGGUCAGAUCUACAGUUAGUUAUCAUUAAUUAUUUUGUUUUAAUCUUUAAAAUCUGUCCUGCAUAUAGAAAUGCAUAAUUUGUGUGCUUGAAUGUAAGUCUGUAUGGUGUUUCUGGAAAAGCAAAGUAUUACCAGUACCAUUUCUUCUUCCUGGUAACUUGCUGUCUUGUGUCAGUGACAAGUCUGCAGUGUGCAACCACACAGAAUUACCAAAGCUUUUCUAUUCCCAUAGACAUAGAGUCACAAGUGACAGCUCAUGGGUUAGUACUGCUCCUUAUAGGUACACAUAUAUAUCCGCCAGGUACUAGUACACAGUGACAGACACCUCCCAUAUUUAAAAGAUUUGAGUGUUUAUAGAUGCUGCUUUGGUGUGUAAAAUUCACGCACCAUUAAAAUCAAGGGUUUGGGUUUUUUUUUUUUUUUUUUUUUUAACUCUUUUUAAAUUAAUCAUAUGGUUGUCAUUCUGAAAGAAAUGCAUAAGCGUGGUGACUUAACCUGGUGGCUUCUGUAGCCAAGCCUGAGCUUUGGGACACGUCUGGGGCACCAUAAGGAAGGGGCUGUGACCUGCAUUGCUCUGCGUGCCACAGCAUCUCCGAGCUGCUGCGAAGCAGCUUUACAUGAGAGGCAGAUGUCACCCAGAGCCAUGUGGGUGUGGGGGCAGAACUGCCACCAACUUGGCUUCAAAAUCAAUACAGCUGAUCAGAAACAAAGGAACUCCUUUCUCUUUUUGUUUUCUCCACUUGGCCUUCCUAAUUGGCAGAACUUAAAUACUGCUGGCUGGUGACCGCUGAAAGCUCCCGAGGAGGGUGUGAGCUAACUUGCAGCUUGUGUGCCCAGCCCUGUGCCGCAUCCUGCAGCGGCAGGGAGGGAGCCAGGCUGCGUGGGGCUGCGGCUCUGGGUCAGUGCUGCACAGGGCCCUGCUGCCCCGGAGGUGGCAACGCGUGGGUUUGGUCCAGCAGUGGGCACGUGUACUCCAGGGGCAGACGGGAUGGAGAAAGUCACAUUUCUCACGUUCCAAAGGAGCAGUGCUAGCAGUCUCGCUUAGGCUAGAUCUUAGGUUUUUGUGAACUUUCUUUAAAGGGAAAGGAACUGGAUUAAAAUACAUGACAAUUGUAUCUAAUGGUUCAGUCCUUACGCUGAGUCCACUGAUGAGGACUGGAGGUCGGGGUCUGCUGGCGGGAGAUACAAGGACACUUCACUCACUCCAAAGUGGAUAUUCCCAGGAAGCACUUCAGAGGUUUCCGUGUCUCCUACCCCAGUCACAGCCCAUCCUUUUCCCCAGAGGUUAUCUCACGUGGGUUUAAAAGCGAGGGUUGCGUUUUUGUUGCUGAGCAGGCGUUAGGUUGUCAGCUCCCAGUGCUGGUUUCUCGUGGGUACCAGCCUACAGGUUGGUGUCAGCCCUCGAUUCUGACGGUUCAUUAAAACCUCGCGUCUGUCAUCUCAGCUCUCCCAGUCAUACGAUGGAGAAUCACUGUAAAUACAUGGAGGAGACGUAGAUCAGUCAGAACGUAGACUUUGUUUUCAUGAAGCUAUGAAUAAAAAUUUGUAAAUUUCUCUUGUACAUUUUUAUGUAGCCAUUAAAUUCUCUAUUUAAUCUAUCAGUUUCUCACUGUAAAUGUUUUUACUCUCAGUUGAAUGCUGGGCACAGUUUGUAAUGUAUGUACACAAAGGUGUUUUUUUCUAUCAGCGUUGACUUUUUUGCACAUUUUUGGAACUAUUUAAUUUGUACACUGAUUUACUACUCUGACCAAUUGUCGAUGGGUGUAUGCGAACCACGUGUGUGUGCAAUGUACUACUGUCGGGUGCGUGGGUUUUUUGACUUCGGAGACGUCGCUGUCAGUAACGGCAUUGCUGGUGCAGCUUUCCAUGGAAUCUUGUGUAUAAAGCCGGGCAAUUAAAGGAUGGCCGUGCGGUUCCCAGGGGUGGGCACCUCGGAGCGGAGCGCUGCUGCCGGGUUUCCUUGUCCCACAACUGCUGAACUUUAAAGAAACAGAACCCCCGAACCCUGUAAUUGUGUAUGCAUUGAAUGUGUGUGUAUAUAUCCCCGUGAUCUUAUUCCACAGUUUCAUUUCUACAUUUUUAUGAACUUGUUUUUUAAGGGUACUAUGUUUAGUUAGAAUAAUUAAAUAUAUAAAAGCUUUGAGAGAUAAUUUACUAGAUAAAUAUAUUUUCAGCUGGCUGAUGUUCAAAAUAUUUUUUUAAUUUUUUGUUUUUAACCAUUCAAAAUGUAUUUGUAUUUCCAAAAUCAGACACGAAUUGUACUUAGAAAUAUAUUAAAACACUCUGUAGGGACA